CAGGCGCGGCGGCGCGCCCGGGUGUGGGCGGCCGAGGAGGCGGUGGCGUCCCCAGGGCGCAGGGCGCCUCCCGGGUGUGCGGGCGGCUCAGGAGGCGGUGGAUCGCAGAGCGGGCGAGCAGGAAAAAUCACUACCAAUAUAAUGUGGAUUUUAUAUAUCAGAUUGCUUUAUUCUGGAUAUCAUUGGUACAAUACAGAAAGUAUACACAGUUUCUCAUUUCUGCAAGUAGUCAUGAUUGCUGAAGAAAGAAAAACUUAAAGCUACAGCAGAAUUAUUUGGGUACCUUUUAUGGAAAUUCUGAUUUUGUUUUUAAUUUUUGAUAACUUUUUACUAAAGGUAUGAACACACAAAGAGCUUAUUUUGUUAGGCAAAUACAUGUUAAUAAGAAUGCCUAGAAGAGGAUUGAUUCUUCACACCCGGACCCACUGGCUGCUGUUGGGCCUCGCUUUGCUCUGCAGUUUGGUAUUAUUUAUGUACCUUCUGGAAUGUGCCCCCCAAACUGAUGGAAAUGCAUCUCUUCCUGGUGUUGGGGAAAAUUAUGGUAAAGAGUAUUAUCAAGCCCUCCUACAGGAACAAGAAGAACAUUAUCAGACCAGGGCAACCAGUCUGAAACGCCAAAUUGCCCAACUAAAACAAGAAUUACAAGAAAUGAGUGAGAAGAUGAGGUCAUUGCAAGAAAGAAAGAAUAUAGGGGCUAAUGGCAUAGGCUAUCAAGGCAACAAAGAGCAAGCACCUAGUGAUCUUUUAGAGUUUCUUCAUUCCCAAAUUGACAAAGCUGAAGUUAGCAUAGGGGCCAAACUACCCAGUGAGUAUGGGGUCAUUCCCUUUGAAAGUUUUACCUUAAUGAAAGUAUUUCAAUUGGAAAUGGGUCUUACUCGCCAUCCUGAAGAAAAGCCAGUUAGAAAAGACAAACGAGAUGAAUUGGUGGAAGUUAUUGAAGCUGGCUUGGAGGUCAUUAAUAAUCCUGAUGAAGAUGAUGAGCAAGAAGAUGAGGAGGGUCCCCUUGGAGAGAAACUGAUAUUUAAUGAAAAUGACUUCAUAGAAGGUUAUUAUCGCACUGAGAGAGAUAAGGGCACGCAGUAUGAACUAUUUUUUAAGAAAGCAGACCUUAUGGAAUAUAGACAUGUGACCCUCUUCCGCCCUUUUGGACCUCUCAUGAAAGUGAAGAGCGAGAUGAUUGACAUCACUAGAUCUAUUAUUAAUAUAAUUGUGCCACUUGCUGAAAGAACUGAAGCAUUUAUACAGUUUAUGCAGAACUUCAGGGAUGUUUGUAUUCAUCAAGACAAGAAGAUUCAUCUCACAGUGGUGUAUUUUGGUAAAGAAGGACUGUCUAAAGUCAAGUCUAUCCUAGAAUCUGUCACAAGUGAGUCUGAUUUUCACAAUUACACCUUGGUCUCAUUGAAUGAAGAAUUUAAUCGUGGACGAGGACUAAAUGUGGGUGCCCGAGCUUGGGACAAGGGAGAGGUCUUGAUGUUUUUCUGUGAUGUUGAUAUCUAUUUCUCAGCCGAAUUCCUUAACAGCUGCCGGUUAAAUGCUGAGCCAGGUAAGAAGGUAUUUUACCCUGUGGUGUUCAGUCUUUACAAUCCUGCCAUUGUUUAUGCCAACCAGGAAGUGCCACCACCUGUGGAGCAACAGCUGGUUCACAAAAAGGAUUCUGGCUUUUGGCGAGAUUUUGGCUUUGGAAUGACUUGUCAGUAUCGGUCAGAUUUCCUGACCAUUGGUGGAUUUGACAUGGAAGUGAAAGGUUGGGGUGGAGAAGAUGUUCAUCUUUAUCGAAAAUAUUUACAUGGUGACCUCAUUGUGAUUCGGACUCCAGUUCCUGGUCUUUUCCACCUCUGGCAUGAAAAGCGCUGUGCUGAUGAGCUGACCCCCGAGCAGUACCGCAUGUGCAUCCAGUCUAAAGCCAUGAAUGAGGCCUCUCACUCCCACCUGGGAAUGCUGGUCUUCAGGGAGGAAAUAGAGACACAUCUUCAUAAACAGGCAUACAGGACAAACAGUGAAGCUGUUGGUUGAAAUCAUAAUUAAUGUGUUACCAAGUGAACCACAAACCAGCACUAUUUAUUUAGCCUUAAUUCCACUUCUGAAUGCAGUGCCUCUUUUGGAGAAGACAUGUUUAUUUUUCAUGUUGUUUCUGACAUUACUUUAGCAGUUCAACUUGAUGUGGGUAGAAAAAAACAAAUGUUUCAACACAAAGUCUCUGUUUUGUGAGAAUACUGCACUAUGGAAUAAUUGACAAAUUGAAAUCUGGUAUUUGUCCCAAAAGUUGUUUUGAGUUAGUUCUACCUGAUGCCCAUGUUCUGGUUGCAUGUGGGAUUGUAUGGUUGGAUCUGAUUGGAUCUGGGUGGAAAGGAUGGAAUGUGCCAGGCUGCUGGUGGGUGGAGAACACAUUCUUACAGAGGAGAUGGAAUGUUACAGGCAUAGGGCGUGGACAAGUAUCUUCACUUGCCCACCCCUGAGUCGUCCUGCUUGAUUUAAUAGCUCGAAGAAUCCUUUUCCACUGAAGUAGAGGAUAAUAACUGACACAUCUGAAAUCCUCAAUCAAAAGAAAGAUAGAAAUAAAAACUCCUUAACUUACUGUUGCUUUGCCCCUUAAAAGUCUUUUUAAGCAAAUGGAUAAUAGUAGAAAGUAGGUUAGAAUCUAUGGCUUGAUUAAAAAUACAAUGUAAUACAUUGUAUUUUACAUUAUCAUAAGACAAUUACAUAUAAUUUGAACAUGAUGAUAUUACAUUAUUAUCAUGUUCAAGAUUAGUAGUCAGAGUUGCUGUAGAGUAUUUUGAACAAACAAAAUAACAUGGAAAUAUCUUUAACAGAGCAUUUAAUUAUACUGGAGUACAGGAUCCUAGGUGUGUCUGGGAACAUUAGUUUAUGAGCCAGCUACAUCAGGAUCUUCCCAUGGUGGUUCAGAAUAGAUGAACAUAGCAUGGUUUUGUUUGUUUUUGCUUUCGAUUUUCUCAUUUGGCAUGGAACCAUAUGUAUUUACUAUCCUUUUUUCUAAUAUAUUAAUAUAUGCUACAUUUGUAUUUGCAUUACUGUAAUAGUUUGAGUUGAAAAAGUUUCAUUGAGGGGAGAAAAAGCAAAUGGUAUAAAACAAAAUCACUCUGAUUUGAGAAAAGGGAGGAAGAGGGGAAGAUAGUCUGAAUGGAAAUCUGAAAUAUGGAAUGUUUUAGAGAAAUAUAUCACUUGCAUAGAGAAUGUUUUAAUUGAGUGAGGUAUAAGUUAAUGAGACAAAGUGAAGAAGAAAUUAUAUUCAGAUAGGACUGCACUACAUUAUUUGUCACACAUGGAUCUGUUACCAUGAGGUCAGUUUCUAGCAUGCAUAAAUUUUUUAACCUUCGGCUUUUAAAAGAGACCUGUGUUGAAUUCUAUUAGUACGUAAACCCCUGAAAAUUCACUGAAGAAAAAAUCAUUACUCUUUUUCUCAGUAAAUCAUAUCAUCUGAAAUAUUACAAAUUUCAAAUUUGUAGGUGCUAUAUUAAUUCAGUAUUAUAAUAACUCACCUAAUUAUUCUUACAAGUUUUAAGGUGUGGUAGUGUAUAGGAAUUUUUUUAAAAGAUGUGUGAAAUGUUCUCUGCAAAAUAAUUCAGGCCACUGUCUCCUUUUAUAUAUUAAUACAAUUAUUUAUUAUAAAGACCAGUGAAUUAUAUUUAAAGUGAGAGAACUUAAUUAUUUGCAAAGGUAAGUUACGGCUUGUUUUUUGAGAGAAUCAAAUGAGUUUACUUUUGCUCCUGUUGUUUUUAAACUAGCUUUUAAAGAUGAAAGCUAAGCAAUGGAACUGUUACUAUGUUUUUGACAUUUAUUAAACGGUACCAAUAAAGUAUUUUAUUACCAAAAGUUACAUGAAAA